AUAAUUAUUGACCGCGAUGAGACGACUUAAAUGGCUUUGCGCGCACAACUUUAUUCGAUCGUCGUCUAAUGGAAUAUAUCAGAUUUAUAAUCUGGUAAAGAGAAGCACCGGAACUGUCAGCGAAGCCCUGUCGCGCAAGAGACAGCGAACAAUGCCAGACUGUGCGGUCAGUUAGCUUUUCAUUAUUCGAUGUCACUUUAACAGAAGAGUACAACACAAGAAUAGGCAUCUCAGCAGAGACACUCCAAAAAAGACAUGAAGCUCUUUGCUUUGGUGAAGGUCGCCUACGUUAUGCUGAUAGUCGUCCUGCUACUGAUGAUGUGGGCAUCCGUUGUACGGAUGCACGAGUUACCGAUCCAAUAUCCGCCGUGCUUUUUCAAUCCACUCUGCACCUGUUCAAAAGCCAUACCGGAUCUUGGCAUAGUGGCAUGCUAUAACGUGCCGAUGCCACGAAUACCACAGCCAAUUAAUUCCUCCAAAAUGUUUAUGCUACAACUGGAGAAUAAUGGAUUGAGAUUUCUGCAACCGCAGCACCUCAUGAAUACCGGUCUUUAUAAACUACAGAUUAAACAUAAUCCUUUGGCGGAUAUUCCAGACGAAGCCUUUUUAGGUCUUGAAAGAUCAUUAUGGGAACUCGAUUUAUCCUACAAUCAACUAGCAAGUGUACCGAGCAAAUCGUUCAGACAUUUGCAAAAACUCCGACUUCUUGAACUUACAGGUAACAAGAUAUCUCGCAUCACGGCGGAAAAUUGGAGGGGUCUGGAGAAUUCGCUGCAAACUCUACGUCUAGGUCGAAACGCAAUCGAGAAGUUACCAGCUGAUGCCUUCGCCGGUCUCAUAUACUUGGAGACCCUUGAUCUUCGAGAGAACAGCUUGAGGGAGAUCGAUCCAUCGGUAUUUAGAGACGGAAUGGCUCAUCUGACACAUCUCUAUUUGAAUGACAAUCAGUUUACGUACGUGCCGUACUCCCAACUAUCUCAACUGAAGCGUAUGAAAGUCCUCGAUCUCAGCUACAAUAGGAUAUCGAAGAUGCUUCAGAUGCAACAAGAACCGGAGAUCAGGGGCAUACAGAUGUCCCUGGACGUAUUACGGCUGGACUACAAUCAGAUCGAGAUUCUUACGUCCGGUGACUUUCAGCACUUUUCUAAAGUCAAUCGCACAUACCUCAGCGGCAAUCCUUUGAUGAUAAUUGAGGAGGGCACAUUCCGAGAUUCACGCAUUCGCGAGCUAUAUUUUAGCGACUGCGAUUUAUUAGAGAUCAACUCAGCCAAUCUUGCCGGUUUGGAGUUGACACUCGAGUUAUUGGAUGUCUCGGGAAACAACAUAACUACGCUUUCCAACCGAUUGUUCCAAGAGUUCGACAUCCUGCAUACGCUCAUUUUCCGUGAGAAUCGUAUCGGCACAUUUUCACCAACCGAGGUUUUCAACGGUUUUCAAUAUUCCUUGUACAACUUGGACCUCAGCGGAAAGCAGAACGGCAUCAUCUCUCUUCAAGAUCUACGACAGAUGAGAAAUCUGCGUUUUCUCUCAAUCUCUCGGAUGCCGCAGGCAUCCUUAUCAGCGAAUGAUUUUCUGGAGUUCGGUAUGGACAUCAAAGAAUUGCAAAUAAUCCACAGUAAUCUCAACACCAUCAAAGGCCAUGCUUUUAUGCAUGUUCGUGGAAUUAAAUACCUUGACUUUUCUGAAAAUUCAAUAUCAACGAUAGACGACGAAGCUUUUUCAGAGGUAGGCCAUUCCUUGUUGACGUUAAGAAUGUCCCAUAGUCUGUCUUCAUCGAUUUCCGAGAUACCUAAUCGGCCGUUGAAAUCGUUGACGAAUCUACAACAUCUCGACUUUAGCAACAACAAGAUCCAUUCCUUACCAGCCACAUCGUUUCACUUUCUGAAGAGGAUCAAGCGCAUUGAAUUGCAAGAUAACGAAAUCGAUAAUAUACCUAAGGGUACUUUUCAGGGUGAUAUCCACUCGACACUGGAAGAGAUUAACUUUGCGUUCAAUCAAGUGAAAAGUCUACAAACCCAUACAUUCGUCGAUCUGUCGGCCUUAAUGACGAUCAAUCUAGAAGAUAACGCCAUCGAUAGAAUCGAGAGACGGGCUUUCAUGAAUAUGAAUCGACUUAAAUACAUCAACUUGCGUGGUAACAAGAUUAGGGACAUGAUCGACGAAGCCUUCCAGAAUCUACCGGAUCUUGAAUUUCUCGAUCUCGCAUAUAACAAUCUCUACAAAUUCGAUUUUGCCUCCUUCGAUCAAGUGGGUACGUUAUCGUCGUUCAAAGUUAACAUUAGUCACAACGAGAUUCCGAGAUUGUGGAUGAACAGCACUACUUUUACAACUACCCCUGCCAUUGGAGGUACUGUACAAUCGAACAUUAAAGUUCUGGAUUUAAGUUAUAAUAAUAUUUCCGAUAUCAUGAAGUAUUAUUUUAAGCCGGUCGAGUAUUCGCUCACUCAUCUGUAUCUAUCGAACAAUGAACUGAAGAAUAUUACUCAGGGUGUCUUCGGCAACAUGCCGCAUUUGCAGUGGCUUGAUUUAAGACACAACGAACUGAAGGAAAUGGACUUCGAUUGCUUCAAGAAUACGAGAGACUUACAAGUAUUGCUUCUUUCGUGGAACGAAAUUAUGGAUAUCCCGGCGGAGGCUCUAAGACCGCUGAAAAAACUCCGCCUCGUGGACUUGUCUCAUAACAAGCUGAGAACGCUAUCGGAUAACAUGUUCAUCGAUUCUAACAUAGAAAGUCUCGAUCUUUCGCACAAUCAAUUCACGAGACUGCCUAUCAAAAGUAUGUCAUUGACUUCCGCCGCAAGCUUAGCAAACUUGGAUAUGUCUUGGAACAUUUUAUCAGGGAUUCAUAGCACCGAUACAAUAUUCAGACUCAAAAAUCUUGUAUGGUUGGAUCUGUCGUACAAUCGACUUGUUAGAUUAGAUGAUGGCGUAUUUUCUGAUCUACCUCAUCUGGCUCAUCUCGAUUUAAGCCACAACAAGCAACUUAUUUUGGAAAGUCGCGGAAGAACAUUCUACGGUUUGGAAAAUACGCUUUUAUACCUUAGUCUAAGUAACAUCUCCCUUUUGAGUGUUCCAGAGUUACCUCUACGACGACUGCAAACUUUAUAUUUGGCACAUAAUGAACUAGCAUCAAUACCAGCGGAAAUGUCGUCAAAUCUGACAUCUCUCCACUAUUUAGAUUUAAGUGUCAAUGAUUUGACAGUGGUGCCAUUAAUCACUCAUUCAUUGCCAGAAUUAAAAACCUUCAAUUUAGCAGAUAAUCCUAUUACUGCCAUCACAAAUACGAGUUUCCUAGGCGUGGCCGACAGUCUUGAAGAGCUAGAUAUACGAAGGCUCACUCUGUCAAUCUUUGAGGCAGGUGCACUCUGCAAAGCUAGCAAGCUCCGUAAAUUGCACAUCACUGCAUAUAACGGUGUGAAAAACUUUAACUUUCCCGAUAUUCUACAGUACAAUGAUGGUCUAAAGCAUUUACUUAUUGAUGUUCAGAAUGACACUGAUCUAGAAAAGGAAAUGAGAGGGAAAUUACCUUAUAAAUUGUAUAAUAUUACACUGACUGGUAGAGCUUUAAAGAAUAUACAUUCAGAAAUAUUGCGUGGCAUGCGAAAUCCUCGUCUUCAUUUUGGCUUGUACAACACCAGCGUGGCGAUCGUACCACGGGAAAUGUUCAACAACGCGGAACGAGUGCGCAACAUAACUGUGGAAAUUCGCGAAAGUGACACUCGAACGUUACACAAUCCAUCGUCCGCUUAUAAGCCAGGAGUGCCGGGGGAGCGAUUCACUAUGAAGCUCCGAUUAGCAGGCAGCUAUCUCAAUUGUGAUUGCGAUAUCGGAUGGAUCGAGAUAUGGCAGAGGAAACACAGACAAUAUCAAGAAGAUCGAUGUACUUCUUAUGACGAAUUCAAGAAUUUCGAGCACGAAGAAGGGGACGAAUUCAAUUGUUGGGACAACGGCUGGGACGACGAUCUCCGUGAGACGUUCUGUUUGAACAAGAACAAUGUAUCGUUGUCGAACACAUUGAAAAUAGAAUUGGAAUGUGGAUGGAGUGCAGCGAGUUACACUCUUGUACUAGACAUUUUUGUUUUUCUGUUCUUUUCGAUCGUUUUGGCUGUCGUUUAUUAGGUAUCUCAUUCAUGUUGCUUUUUACUGGAUAUUUUCUCGAAUUGAAAUUUGCGAAAGGAAUGUUAUGGUUAUUGUAAAAGAUCGAGUCGCGCUAUGCAAGCUCGUAUAUAGUACUUGUACGAAGCAAAACUAAUUUGAAACUGAAGAACUUUUGUAAGGAUAGCACAUCAUGGUUUUAUUCACGUUUCAUUAAAAUCACAAUUUAAUCGUGCAUCACGAAUUUAGAUACGAUACUGACUGCCAUUUGUACAAUCGGUAAAACGAUGAAGCCGAGUAUAAAUAUAAGGCAAAUGUACACGCUGAGCAAUUGCAUAGCGAGUAUCGCGAACUUCACUAUUACUUGCUGAAUAUUCUUAGUUCUGUGUAUGUCGAUUACUUUGUCCAACACAAAUCUUAAUAUGAAGGAAAACAUCUGAAAUUUAUAUUUCAGGAUUUCAAUCCUUAGUUAAGCUAGGAUAUAUAGAAUCUUCAGUUAAGCUAGAAUAUAUAGAAAUACUUGUAUAAUUACCUGAAUAA